AUGAUUUAUGUAGCACUUGUGUAUUACACGACCAAUGGUAUUAUAGUCUGCAGCAAUUUCAGAAAUUGCUGGCGAAACGCCAAUAAUGAUAAGGGUAUUAAAGCCAAAUGUCUACCACAGUUUUUUCAGCAUCUCGUGGGUGAAAAUGCGUUGAAGCAUAACUCGUUUCAAAAGUGGCAAAAAAUCCCUGACAAAUUUGGAGGUAAUUAUACGACUUUAAAAGGUGGUAAUGUCUGA